AUGAUUUUCCGGAGUUCAGUUCAAAAUCGGUCUUAUGGAUUUAUGAAAGAUGCAACAUUAGCACCAACUAUUGCUAGCUUCGACUACAUAAUCAUCGGAGGAGGAACCUCCGGUUGUGCCUUAGCCGCAACGCUCUCUCAAAACGCAAGCGUUUUGGUGCUAGAACGCGGUGGCUCUCCUUAUGAAAAUCCGAGGGCCAUGGACAUCGACAACUUCCUCAACACACUCUUUAACAUAACACCGGACUCGUGGUCGCAGCCUUUCAUCUCCGAGGACGGCGUUUUCAACGUACGUGCGCGCGUCCUUGGGGGUGACUCGGUGAUAAACGCCGGGUUUUACUCACGCGCGGAAGAGUAUUACGUGGAGGAAGCUGAGUGGGAGAUGGAGGAAGUGGAAGCUGCUUACGAGUGGGUCGAGAGGAAACUUGUGUUCAAGCCACAAGUAGUGGGAUGGCAAUCUGCGUUUAGAAAUGGACUUUUAGAGGCAGGUGUGUUACCGUACAACGGUUUCACGUUCGACCAUAUCGUCGGGACGAAGAUCGGUGGUACGAUCUUCGACCCUGCGGGACAUAGACACUCGGCCGCGGAUUUGUUAGCGUAUGCUAAUCCAAAGUCGCUUGUUGUCUACCUGCACGCUCUUGUUCACAAGAUCCUCUUCACCACUAAAGGAGACCAAAGACCUAAGGCGUAUGGAGUGAUAUAUCAAGACGCAGAUGGAGUGUUCCACAAGGCAGAGCUUGCGGGAAACGAAAUGAACGAGGUAAUUUUAUGUGCGGGUGCCCUUGGGAGCCCACAGCUCUUGAUGCUGAGCGGAGUGGGUCCUAAGGCUCAUCUUGAGUCCCACGAUGUGAACCCUGUGGUCGUUGAUCUUCCCAUGGUUGGACAAGGGAUGGGCGAUAAUCCGCUGAACAGUGUUUUUGUUCCUUCUCCUACACCUGUAGAAGUGUCCCUCAUAAAGGUCGUUGGGAUCACCAAGUUUGAUAGUUUCAUUGAAGGUUUUAGUCGUUUGCGUCUCUCUAAGCCCUUGAACAGUAGGUUCUUCGAUGGUGUUCUAAAUCUUCUCAGCAAGACAAGCUUCUCCACCACAUCAAUCACAAAGAUUUUAAAAUCCAUUGAUCUUCAUUUGAUGGACGUGUUGGAAAUUGAUGGCUGGAUCGUCAAUAAAGUCGACGGUCCGAUCUCGAGAGGUUAUUUAGAACUCCGGAACAAAAAUCCAGAUGAUAACCCUUCUGUGACAUUCAACUACUACCAAGCGCCAGAAGAUCUAGAGAAAUGUGUUAAAGGACUUAAAACCAUUAUGAAAGUGAUAAAAUCGAAGGCAUUCUCCAAGUACAAGUACCCGAAUGCAACCGCACGUGAGCUGCUCAAUCUCAUGCUGAGCCGUCCCAUCAAUCUAAGGCCAAGGCACGAGAGUGCAUUGACCAACUUGACGCAGUUUUGCAUCGACACUGUGAUUACUAUUUGGCAUUACCAUGGAGGUUGCCAAGUUGGAAAAGUGGUCGACAAGAAUUACAAAGUCUUUGGCAUUGAUGCCUUAAGAGUCGUCGAUGGAUCCACGUUUUUCAAGUCUCCGGGGACUAAUCCCCAAGCCACGAAUAUGAUGCUCGGAAGGUACAUGGGGCAGAAGAUUCUUCGAGAGAGAAAUGCUUUCGGGAAAAAGAUUAUUCGAUCAUGAAAGAUAUAUGAUACCAAUGUAUGCUCUUCAUCGUCCAAAUAAAUGAGUGAUUAUAAUUUAGUUCAUGUUGUCAGUUACUAGUAAUCUUUCUAACUACAUGUUUAUAUGAAGUUAUAGAUUCAGUACGGUUGGUGCAUUUCUCCCUAAAUAGAAAGUCCCCAAAUCGAGCAACUCAAUCCAUAAAUUCUAUUUUCUUUCUGGAACAAAAUUCAGAAGAUCGACUCAACCUCACUCUUCUAUCUUUCAAUUGUUAACUGAAAAAUCAACGGAGUUAUUAUCUUUCAUUUGCCCAACCAAUUUAUUAUCUCUCUAUGUCUUUCUAUUCCAAUGAAUUUCAUUUCUAACGGUGGCUUUCCUUUGAAAUAUGGGUGUGGAUUAAACGUAAUCAUCUUGGUAUCUAAAACACAAGAAUCCAGGAUGACCAUUUUUUGGUUGUGUAAGCAAAAGAGAUGUAAGGGUUCGUUCAAUCACAAGAGAUCAUUUUUUUAAUAGGUCGAAUAUGCUAUGUUUGAAGAGGUGGAAGAUGGUUUAUUAAAGCUAGGAAGCAUUGAAACAGAAAUUUGCAAUACAAAAUCUGAGUUUGAAGAGUUAAAGACUUCUAUUGAAGGAUUAAUGAAAGAAAUAAUGUGGAGUAAAAAGGAAAUUAAGAAGUACAAAGAGAUGAACACAUUGCGUUGUGUGUGCUUUUGCUUUAUGACCAUUGUCAUUGUUAUCUUGAUGAUGGUUGGUGAAGCAAAUGAAUCAAAAUUUGUUGUUGGUUUUUAGUGUAAGAAGAGUGAUUUGUGUAGUUUUGUUAGAUAUGAAUUAUAUAUAAAUUGCA